UUGAUGUUUCCACAGUUUUUCAUGUUUUUGGGUGGAAUACUUAUACUUGAUAAGUUAGGUAAUGACACAAAAACGGUGGUAAUAUUCUUACGACUGUGAGAUCAUCCCGCAAAUCCUACUGUUUCCGAAAAAUCGUUAACUACGAAUUUUCGGGUACUUAUCCUGUUGUCAGUUAUUGGGCUAAUUUGAUCAUCUCCACGCAGACUGCAACCUCUGUUUAGUGAGAACUAAGAGCAAAUCGCGCCAAACUUCGACUGGAUCUAAAUAUCUUUGCGCCCAUUUCAUCAUGUCAGGAAGUUCGUGCGCAUCACCGUCUGAAUGGCGGAGCAUCCUGCCUGGGAUGGUCGAUCAGCUGAAAUAUAUUUUAGCCAGUGGGGAGAUGAGCGAUGUGCGGUUCGCCGUUGGACGUCAGCAUGGCCCAGCCAAGAUUUUCUCGGUUCACAAGUUUGUGUUGUCCCUCGGCAGUGAUGUCUUCCACACCAUGUUUAACGGAGGUUUGGCCGAAAGUGGCGACCGUGCGAUUGAUAUCCCGGAGAUCCUGCCAGAGGCCUUCGCCAAUAUGCUCACAUUUUUGUACACGCGUACGCUGGGCGGAGAACUAACAGCGGACAACGUCUUCGAGACCAUGUACUGUGCUGACAAGUACAAUCUUCCGUUGCUGAUGGAACUGUGCCAGCAGUUCAUCAACAGCCACUUGAACAUCGACAAUUGCCUCGUGUUCUGGAAAAAGGCUAAACACUCGAUGCUGGAUUGUUUGGCUGGUUUCGUGGAGAAGUGCUUGGCAGUGGUCGACGCCAAGUGCAAGGAUGUUCUGCAGUCGGACCAGUUCAGUGAUAUCGGACAAGAUACGUUGAUAACGAUCCUACAGCGCAGUACGUUGUCCGCCGAGGAAAAUAGCAUCUACAGGGCUCUGGAGAAGUGGUCGGUGGACGCUUGUGUGCGGGACCAUUUGGAGCCUUCGCCGGCCAACCGUCGCGGGGUGCUGGGACCGGCGCUGUUCCUCGUCCGUUUCCCGCUGAUGACCGAUGCGCAACUCGCCAAUGGACCCAUAAAAAGUGGCUUGCUUCUGGAUGCCGAAGUGCGGGAUAUCUACCAGUACAAGCAUUCCGACAGUAAGCCACAAAUUUCAUUUCCAACGGAACCCCGAAAACCCCGCACGCUGCCCUUGAGAAACGUGGAGGAAUUGGAGGAACAGGCUGAGGUAUUCGUGGACGUUGAUGAGCGUGAUAAUUACUGGUACCCCAUGACUUUCGUCGGGAUGAUGCUGGAUGAUACGGACGCUCUGGUGUCGGAUGAUGGUGGAGCCACUGUGCAACAGUAUGCGCUGAGCAAGAUCGUCUGUGCUGCCGAUAUUCUGAAGGAGGGCCAGAAGAUUAUCUGCUUCGACAGGGAAGUUUCGUACAAGGGUUUUGUAGAAAGUCAGCAUCUUGUUACCUAUCGGACCCGUAACAAGUAUAUCACAACAGCGCCCUCGUUUACACGCCUGCGUAUUAGUCGCGACCAGAUGGCGGCUUGGAAAGCGUCCAUUGCCCAGUAGAUGCCUGCUGGCUGAGAGCACAAACACCGCUCUUUGGGUGCACCAGUGUUCAAACUGCCUGCCUGAACUUAGUCAGGCUUUUGAUUGUUUUUCCUGUAGCCUUAAAUUAGCGCGAUUGCAUCUCUUUUCCAUAACAGCAUGUAUUUAUCGCAACCGUGCUAAAAGUGUCUGCCUAUUCCUUUGCCUUUUACUGUGCUAAUGAUGCUCG